AACUGUCAUUCUUUCUUGUGUGGAAUUUCCCCGUUCCCCGUUGUGUUCUCUAGUCUAUAGUACAAUAAUUUAAUUGUAUGUGUUUUUGCUAGUUUUAAAACAUUUAGAGCCUGUUUAUUUUUGUUCAGCUCUUAUUAUUUUUUCGCUGUAAUGGCAUUGACUACAAAAGGCAAUAUGAAUGAUCAGGUUCUGUAUGAAGAGGAAUCUCAGUCCGAUAGAUUGAGUCGAAAGUCUAAGGAGUCUCCAAUGUUUCCUAUAGCUAUUGGUGUAUGUACAUUAGCAGUUGCUUAUGGAGCAUAUGCAUACAAAAAUAAAGGAAAGAUGAGCACAAGUGUCUACUUAAUGCAACUUCGUGUGGGUGCACAAGGUGCAGCUAUUGGAGCUCUAACUUUGGGAAUGUUAUACACAAUGUAUAAGCAACAUAUAGCAAGAUCUUCAGGGAAUUAAAAGACAAAGUUUGCAAUGUUACCCAGGACAGUCUUUAUAGUGUGAUGUUCAUGUUGUAAAAUUUUAAGAAAUGGUUUAUGAUAGUAGUAAAUGACCAGACCUAUGAUAUUUUGAUUAAUUGAUAAUAGCUUUCAAGUCAAUUCUUAUGUUUUUGUUGUCUAUAAAACUUCAAUUACUUGAAUUUUUUUUAAAUUGUUUAGUAUUUGGAAUAUUUCAGAUAUUUUUAUUGUGAUAAUACACAUGUGAAUAGAUUUUAUUUAUUAUAAGACUAAUUUAUUUUCACAUUAUAAUGAUAACAAAAUAUUAA